CAUCCAAACGCCAUUCUGGUGCGCUGCUAAAGUUAAUUUUCCCCCAAUAAUUAGCAUUUUUCACGGAAAAUUCGACGAAAAAGCCCGGAAAAACGUGAUACAUUUCAAGUUGAACAGUGUUUAACAAUCCCAUGUAAAUCCCAAAAUCGGCAAAAGUGAACUAUGGAUGAUCAAAGUGACGUGAGCGCUGUGCAGAAAAUGGACGAGGAAAAUCCAGAGCCGACACCUGAAGCAGCAACCGUUGAUCCGCCUGCAGUGGCAAGUGAACAACCUGCCGAUUCGUCGAUGGAAGUUGACGAUGCGGCGUUCGAGGAUGCUUUGGAGUCAAUUGCGGGUCCUCCAACUGACUUGGAAGCGGCACCAAAAGCAACGGAAGACGAGCCUGAAACAGGUGAAGAACUCAAAAAUAUGUCAACAGACGACGUUCCCGAAGAAAAUCAACAAGAAGUCGGCGAAACGCCCGACGAAACGACAGAAAAUGAGCAAAAAGACGACGGCGAACAACCGCACGCGAUGGCAAUUCAUGAUGUGCCCGAACACGAACACGGGCAACAAACGGACCAAGAUCCCAAUUCUUCCGUCGCACAAAUGGAAAAGUCCAUGGAUGUCACGUUGCACAAUAGCUCGGCGAUUGAUCCGUUUGACGCGGUGAAACAAACGAGCUCACAUGACGAGAGUGUCAACAACGAAUCGAAUGUCGAGGAUACAAGUUUGAAUGCGACAAAUGUACAAGCUGUGCCAGAAAGUGAAGAACAGGAGGAACAUGAACAAACGAAUGAUGAUGUUGAUACAUCGGCGUAUGAUAACGACAAUGAUGUUACAGAAGUUGCAGAUGCUACAACUGAAGACAAAGAUCAAGCUGACGAGGAAGAACACGAAGAAGAAACUAGUCAUCAAAAGGAGACUGAAGAAGUAGCUGAUGAUGCCAUUGAAGAGAUCAACGACGGCGAAAACGAACACGUCGAAUUACUUCCCGAUUGCGAACGUGAAAUCUCCGAAGCUGACAAAGAACGUGCUCGUCAAGCACGUGAAGAAUCUGACAAGGCAGAUCAACCCCAAACCCUUCCUGACGACGAAAAUCUCGAGGAAGACGAGCCCGAACCCACUGUCGACUUAACAGACGACGUCGAUGCAUCCGCCAUUCACAUUUUUUACGUGCUCGACAAACUCGCGCCAUGCCAUCAGUGCAAAGAAACGAAGGCAUGCGCUUUCCGCUUGAAAGAAAACGAAGACGAGCCCAACUACUUUUGCGGGCAAUCGUGCGUCGAUGCAUUCACUGCGGAGCAAACUGACAAAAAAUACGUCGUUCGUCGCAAAAAAUAUGUCGCGGAGGAAAAUCCAUCGGCCACAGAGGAAAAUGUCUGUUCGCAAUGCGAAGAAUCAAAAGUAUGCAAAUUCGUUGUGCAACAAGAAGACGAAAAAAUUUUCCUGUGCGAAGACGAGUGUUUGAACAAUUUGCUCGAGGAACAAGCAGAUCGGAUUCGUGUGAAGCGGGCACGUGUUCGUGAGACCCCAGCAAGUCAAGAAGCGAUGGAAGUUGAUCCGGAAGCGAAUAAAUUCAAUGCACGCACAGAAGAAGAAGCGGAAACGGCACGCGUUGAACGUGAAAAUAGCUUUGUACGGAGAUGCGCGCAAUGCGCAAACGACAUUCAACUCGAUCCGCGAACGCUCAAUUGGGAGGCGAUGGACUUUUGCAAUGAACAGUGCUUGAGCGCCUAUCAAAAUGUCAUCGGGGCGACAUGUACAACUUGUAGUUCGCCCGUUCCUGCUACGAGUCUCGGCAAAUAUUGCGUUCGUUUCGGCUUUGAAGUGCGUCAAUUUUGUCGUAGCGAGUGCUUGAACGAGUACAAGAAGGGCGUCAAAGUUUGUACUUAUUGCCAGAUGGAUAUUGGUGCUGACGAGCCCGGAUUUCUUGCUCCCGUCGGCGAAAAGGGACAAUUUAAGGACUUUUGUACGCAAGUUUGCAUGAAAAAGUACGAAGAAGUCACGACGCCGCCGGCAAAACGACGCACCCACAAUGCCAUUUGCGCCGUUUGCCAAGUCGAGAAGCCGUCACGUGUGCAAGUGACACUCGACAACAAAGAGCUUAACUUUUGUACGAGUUCCUGCUUGUCGGCAUUUCAGUUUGUCAACAAUGUCGUCACGGAUCAGUGCGGUUUGUGCUGCAAACACUUUGAACGGAAGGAGAAUGAAGCGUUCACACUGUAUCCUGGGACGACGGAAUUCGUUGUUUUUUGCUCGAAAAUAUGUAUGAACAUUUACAUAACGAGCAAUCGCAAAAUUGUGCCAUGUCAGUGGUGUAAAGUGAAGAAAUACGACUUUGAUAUGAUCAGGAAGAUAACCACAAAUGUCGUCAUGUGUUCCCUCAAUUGCGUUACGCUGUGCGAACUAUCCGUGAAUGCAAUGCAGCAAACAAGAGUCAAAUGUGACCAAUGCAAGGCGAUGAAACAAUCUCAAUAUCACUUGACCAUGUCAGACAAUUCAAUUCGCAACUUUUGCACAUAUCAGUGUGUCAUGUCGUUCCAAAGUCGCUUCAGCAAGGAGCCAUUGACGUUAGAUCAGAAUGAGAGCGAAAUUUCUGCGCCCGUGCCCACCGGAUUGCCAAAACGAGUGAAGAAAAAUGCUUCUCGAGUACAAUCACAAGUUCAAAGUCGUUCAACUUCGCGCACACAAACUUCAUUUUUGCAGCAAUUUUCGCUUUCACGCAACUACGGAGACACUCCCCCGAGACCUCAAGAGACUCGUCCCGUAGGUCGUUUGCCGCCAUUACCUCUCAUCACGAAUGCCCGUUCAUUGGCUCCCUUCAUCAGCAAGGGCAAAGGUAAAGGCAAGCACUACAAAGGCAUUCCGUGUCCCGAUAUUCGCGUCUUACUGGAACCCCUUCCGACACUUCCCUCAACGCGCGUCGUCAUCGGCGAAGACGGUGAAUAUUUGCCGCCUCGCAAACCUCCGCCAAAAAUCGAAUUCGAAACAUAUGUCGUCCAUAUGCCGCGCGAAGUCAAGGAAAUGAGCAAUAUGUCGACGCAGUGCGACGUCAUCACGGAAAAUCAAGAAGUUAAUGUCAAACCUGAACAAGCAACGCAAGAACUUCAAACAGAUUCCGAUUUGGAGGAAGUUAAAACGUGCAUUUUACCUGUUCCCAUUUUCAUUCCGACACCAAUUCGAUCAUUUGCACUUCCGAGACCCGUGCCGAAGCCCUUCAUUUUUCCGAUUCCCGUGCCCGUGUUCAUUCCCAUCACGAAAUCGACGGCAGCGAGUGUCAUGAAGCUCGUGCAAAAGAACAAAAAGGUCGACGUUGCGCCCGCAGACCCCUUCGAAGCGGAGCUUUUGAUGAUGGCGGAAGCUGUGGCAGGCGCAGAAGCCAAAAAACCCGAUGAACCCCAAAGUGUUGACGACAACAACUUUGAUAAUCCCCAAUUUGACGAAGAUAUCGUGCAAAUGGCUCUGAAAAUGGCCACAAAUGACUACGACAUGAACAGUUAUGCGCAACAACCGGAUUACGGAAGAAAACGACCUCAAUUGGCGCCUGUUAAAGCACCCAGCAAACGAAUCAAGUCUGAACCGACGCAUCACAUGCCGGCGAUGGUUGAACCGCAUCGUCAACCGGCGGAGAAACCAGAUGCGAAUAUGUGCUUGAAAUACACUUUCGGGGUGAAUGCGUGGAAACAAUGGGUCGUUACGAAAAAUGCCGAGUUGGAAAAGAGUUCAUUCCGUCGCAAACCGUUUAAAACGGAAAUUUUGCAAAUGACAGCCGAUGAACUCAAUUAUUCGUUGUGUUUGUUCGUCAAAGAGGUGCGAAAACCAAAUGGAAGCGAAUAUGCUCCUGAUACAAUUUACUACUUGGUUUUGGGUAUUCAGCAAUAUUUGUAUGAAAAUGGACGAAUUGAUAACAUUUUCACGGAUAUCUAUUACGAAAAGUUCACCGAUUGCUUGGAUGAAGUCGCAAAGAAGUUCUCAGUGCUCUACAAUGAUUCUCAAUACAUCGUAACUCGCGUCGAAGAAGAACAUUUGUGGGAAUGCAAGCAACUCGGAGCUCAUUCUCCUCACGUUUUACUGAGCACUUUGAUGUUUUUCAACACAAAAUUCUUCAAUUUAGUUCAGGCUGAGGAACAUAUCGACUUGUCCUUCUCUCACAUCAUGAAACAUUGGAAGCGCAAUCCAGGACAAGGCGGCAAAGGCUCCGGAACAGGCGGAAAUCAAGGAAGUCGGAACGUUUUACUGCGUUAUUAUCCUCCACAGGCAUAUUUGGCUGCAAAUGCUCGCAAAAAGAAAGUUUAUGAGCAACAGGAGAACGAAGAGAAUCCUUUACGUUGUCCCGUGAAGCUUUACGAGUUUUAUCUCUCAAAAUGCCCUGAAAGCGUAAAGACCCGCAACGACGUUUUUUACUUGCAACCUGAGCGUUCCUGUGUUCCCGAUUCUCCCGUUUGGUACUCCACGCAGCCGCUCAAUCGACAUUCGCUCGCAAAAAUGUUGCAUCGCGUGAAGAUGGUCAAGGAAAUUAACAUUGCACUGCUGACGAGUUAAGUUUCUUCACAUUUUUUGUACAUACCACGAUAAAGUCAGAGACGAAAAAUCAAGAAAAAAGAUUAAAAUUAAUUUAGAUGUCAUAACUUUAGAGAAGAAAUCAUAAAAAAAACUUAUUAAUA